GACACAAGGGCAGUGCCUCCCAUCCUGCGACACUUUUGCCAGUUUCAAGGGCGUCUUCCAGAGCUUCCCGCGGACUCUAAAACGCACCCCUGUUAACUAGAAUUCUGGGACUUUGGGAAAUACUGUUUUUAUGGUUUUUCAGGGGGUUGAGAAGCGCGCCGGUGAAGGGGUAGAUCUGCUCUCUGGGGCUUUUCCAGUAUUGGUAUUCCGGGAUGCCAGGAGGCCGAGGAGUGCCAGGCGCAGGCUGCAUCGCGGGGCCUCGCCGCGGGAACCCGUCUUCCCGCCAGGCGCUCUCCCCGCCCGCGACCGGCGGCCCGCAGCGGCGGGGCUCGGACUGACUGCGCGGUGCCGGGGUCUCUGUGACGCGGCGUUCCAGGCUGCUGGCCUGGCACAGCCCGAAGAAGGAGCGGCCCGGGACAGCUGGCGGCGGCGGAGGCGGCGGCAUGAACUUCUACCAGGUACCAGUGGUGAUCGACAACGGCUCGGGAGUGAUCAAGGCGGGCCUGGCCGGGAACCGGGAACCGGACUUUGUCUACCCGAACAUUGUCGGCCGCGCCAAAGGACAGAACUUGGCGGCCGACGGCGCGCUGGAGCUGUGCUUGGGCGACCAGGCGCAGGAGAGGAGACACUCACUUUCGAUCAGCUAUCCUGUGGAGCGUGGUCUCAUUACUUCCUGGGGGGACAUGGAGAUUAUGUGGAAGCAUAUCUAUGACUCCAACCUGAAACUAAAGCCCUCUGAUGGCCCAGUCUUGAUUACAGAGUCAGCACUGAAUCCACUGGCCAAUAGGCAAAAGACCACAGAAGUGUUUUUUGAGAAUCUGGGUGUUCCUGCCUUCUACAUGUCCAUCCAGGCGGUGCUGGCUCUCUUUGCAGCUGGCUUCACUACUGGCUUGGUGCUGAAUUCAGGUGCUGGGGUUACUCAAUGUGUACCCAUCUUUGAGGGUUACUGUCUGCCUCAUGGUGUAAAACAGCUAGAUCUGGCAGGCUUUGACCUCACCAACUACCUCAUGAUGCUACUGAAGGACCAUGGCAUCAUGCUGCUUAGUACUUCAGACAGAAAGACUGUUGCAAACAUUAAGGAAACCUCUUGUUAUGUGGCAAUGGACUAUGAAGAGGAAAAGGCCAAGAAACCUGAGUGUAUAGAGAAAGUUUACCAACUACCUGAUGGGAAAAUCCUCAAGCUCCAUGACCAGCUCUUUCGGUGUCCAGAGGCCCUCUUCUCUCCAAGUCUCAUGAACAUUGAUGCCCCUGGAAUUGACAAGAUGUGCUUCAGCAGUAUAAUGAAAUGUGAUAUGGAUCUAAGGAAUUCCUUCUUCUCCAAUAUUAUCCUUGCUGGGGGAUCAACCUGUUUCCCUGGUUUAGACAAACGGUUAGUUAAGGACAUGGCAAAGGUGGCACCUGCCAACACCUCAGUGCAAGUUACAGUUCCCCCAGAAAGGAAAACAUCAGUGUGGAUGGGAGGGUCUAUUCUUGCAUCCCUGUCUGCUUUUCGGGACAUGUGGAUCACUGCUGCAGAAUUUAAAGAAGUUGGACACAACAUAGUACACCAAAGAUGCUUCUAAAAUACAGAUAAAAUGAUCAGAAGAAAAUGUUUUGAGUAUUUGUGGCAGAAAACUUUUGGAUACUAUGUUUCUGGGAGAACAAACUAUUUUAAUUAUCGGGAUUCCAUGUCUGUUCUAUAAUGGGGAAAUAAUAAUUGUGAUAAGGAUGAAAAUGGAUAUUGAGUAGAACCGAGGUAAAUACUAUAGGAAGCACUAUUCUUGA